AGAGUGUUAAUGGUGGAAUUCGAAUUUCCAACCCUGGUGGAGGGAGAGGGGUUACUGCAACUUCAAGGUGUCCGAAGGACACUUUCAGGUGCUUUUUUUUUUUUUAAACACUAAUCCCUAAUUUUUUUCAUUUUCCCUUCUUCUCAAUCUGCCGAUCUCCUCUUCGAACAAAUUCUUUGCCGUCGCUACUUCGGACUGCUCUGGUUAGCAUGGAAUUUCCUUCCGUCUCGUUCUGGUCUCUUUUCUUCUUCAUUCUCACCCUAUAGUAGAUUUCCCUUUUCCCGAUCUUGCUGCUCUAUUCAAGCUCAGACAUCCUCAUCCUCCUCAUCCCAGAUCCAAUGGUGUAGCCUCUAAUCUUCAACGGCUAAGCGCCAGAUCCAGUGUUCAAGAUUGGGAUUUGCCAGUUACCGGUGAUGCCGGAUAAAGAGAGGAACAUUUGCGCGUGCUCUAAGGGCCAUCGAGGAGGAUGCAGAAAAGGUUGCCGAGCUUGUUCUGUUGCCUCCUGCAUCAGCCACGCUUUUGGGUAAAAGCAGAGGUGGACCCAUUUUUAAUUUUUCCCAACCAAAUCUGUGAAGAACACUGGAUACCAUAUCACUGUUCCAUGAAAAAAUAGUACAAACACUUGGGGGCCUAUUGUUCUUGAUGGUAGUGUUCUCUUUUGGCUCUGGAAAGUCUCAGACAGAAAGAGGUGGGGGUAGAAAAUGGGGAAAUAAAGUGAAUGUUCUCAUGCUACAGUUUAAAUUACUUAUCUUGAGCAAGCCAUUUAAGUAGUAAAAUUCAAUUCAGUAAGCUUGUGUAAAGAUUGUUAUUGUUACUGUUAUUGAUACUAUCAAAUUUAUGUUUGUAUAGAUAUUAUUUAAAGGAUAAAAUCAUUUCAAAUGU